ACUCAGUCGGCUCUCAGAGCUUCUCACGGAUGCACUGUGCGCCUCAGCAUCACGUCAGAGGUGGAGGGCCUCAAAAGAAAAGCUUAGAGGGAGAGACAAGGAAGAAGGGAUGGAGGAAAGGAGAGCCCCAGCAGCUUAGUUUCCCAGCAUGACAAGUUCUUGCUUUUCCUCCUUUGAAACUUUUCCAGGAAGAAGAAGAAGGUCUCACAGUAUCCAAGAGACAAGUGGAACAACCACCUGCUGAGACCUGGCCAUGUGCUAACAAAGUUUUUCUGACUUUUACUCUCACACUAGACUUUUGCACAGGGGGCUGAUGGAAACUCAUCACUCCACACUGCUGGAGAGGCCAAGUUUUAAAGUCAGACCGGCCAGGGGAGCUCGUACCCUCAUUCUUUCAGCUGAGAAAAUCCUUUCCAUGUUGCCCGCAACUGUGAUGACCAGAGAAGCCCCUCUAGCCAAAGACUGAGCUUCUGUAUCAGGAAAUACCAUUUACAGGACUUGUCAUGUCUCCCUUUCUGCGUAUUGGUUUAUCCAACUAUGACAGUGGCCCUUACCUGCCAUCCCAGGGGGAGGUGAUUAAUCCUUACUGUGCUGUGAUGGUUAAAGAAGCCGUGGAGUCAGAAAAUGGCCAAGUGUACGUGCAGAAGAAGCCCACCAUGUACCCACCGUGGAACAGCACUUUCGAUGCCCACAUCAACAACGGCAGGGUCAUGCACAUUGUCGUCAAGGACAAAAGUGCUGAAAUGGUCUCAGAGACCACAGUGGAACUCAAGGUGCUGGCGGAGAGGUGUAAAAAGAGCAAUGGGAAGACAGAAAUAUGGCUAGAACUGAAACCUCAAGGGCGAAUGCUGAUGAAUGCAAGAUACUUCCUGGAAAUCAGUGAUGCAAAGGACCUAGCUGACUGUGAGACCGAAGGCUUUUUCUCCUUGCAUCAGCGCAGGGGAGCCAUCAAACAGGCCAAAAUCCAUAAUGUCAAGUGUCACGAGUUCACAGCCACCUUCUUUCCACAACCUACCUUCUGCUCCGUCUGUCAUGAGUUUGUCUGGGGUCUGAAUAAACAAGGCUAUCAAUGCAGACAGUGUAAUGCUGCCAUUCAUAAGAAGUGCAUUGAUAAAGUAAUAGCCAAGUGUACAGGAUCAGCAGUCAAUAGCAGAGAAACAAUGUUCCACAAGGAGAGGUUCAAGAUUGACGUGCCUCACCGCUUCAAAGUCUACAACUACAAGAGCCCAACGUUCUGUGAGCACUGUGGCACACUGCUCUGGGGCCUUGCACGGCAAGGACUGAAGUGUGAUGCAUGUGACAUGAACGUCCAUCACAAGUGCCAGACAAAAGUAGCAAACCUUUGCGGAGUUAACCAGAAACUAAUGGCUGAAGCUCUGGCAAUGAUAGAGAGCACCCAACAGGCUCGAUCUCAGCGUGACACGGAACAGAUCUCCAGAGAUGGACCUCUCGAAAUUGGCCUCCCAGUUCUUGCGAAGGAUAUAACACCUCUUCAGGCAAUUCCAACAUCUACAACAGGAAAAAAAGAGCCACAGGGCAUCUCCUGGGAGACUCCAGUGGAGGGCACAGGGAAGGGAGAGACUCUAACAGAAUCAGACCUGGGAGGAGGGCAGCGCCAGGUACAGCAAGAGGACCAAGUGCAGCUAAAACUAACCAUUGAAGAUUUUGUCCUGCACAAGAUGCUGGGGAAGGGCAGUUUUGGCAAGGUGUUUCUUGCUGAGCUGAAGAGCACAGACCAGUAUUUUGCUGUGAAAGCCCUGAAGAAGGAUGUGGUGCUGAUGGAUGAUGAUGUUGAAUGCACAAUGGUGGAGAAGAGAGUCCUCUCCUUAGCUUGGGAGCACCCGUUCCUGACUCAUGUCUUCUGUACAUUCCAGACCAAGGAAAAUCUCUUCUUUGUGAUGGAGUAUCUCAACGGAGGAGACCUCAUGUUCCAUAUCCAGAAUUGUCAUAAGUUCGACCUUACCAGAGCCACGUUCUAUGCUGCUGAAAUCAUAUGUGGGCUGCAGUUCCUUCAUUCAAAGGGCAUAAUAUACAGAGACUUGAAGCUAGACAACGUCCUCUUGGACAAUGAGGGGCACAUCAAAAUUGCUGACUUCGGGAUGUGUAAGGAGAACAUGUUUGGAGAUGCGAAGACAAGUACUUUCUGUGGGACUCCUGACUAUAUCGCUCCGGAGAUAUUGCUGGGGCAGAAGUACAACACCUCUGUUGACUGGUGGUCCUUUGGUGUCCUUCUGUAUGAGAUGCUUAUUGGCCAAUCUCCUUUCCAUGGCCAAGAUGAAGAGGAGCUUUUCCAGUCUAUCCGUAUGGAUAACCCAUUCUACCCUCGCUGGCUUGACAAGGAUGCGAAGGACAUUUUGGUGAAGCUUUUUGUGAGAGAACCUGAGAGGAGACUGGGAGCAAAAGGGAACAUCCGCCAGCAUGCUUUUUUCCGGGAAAUAAACUGGGAGGCUUUAGAAGAAAGAAGGAUUGAACCUCCUUUCAAACCAAGAGUGAAAUCGCCAAGUGACUGUAGCAACUUCGACAAGGAAUUUCUAAAUGAAAAGCCUAGACUAUCCUGUGCUGACAGAGCACUGAUUAACAGCAUGGACCAAAAUAUGUUCCGCAACUUUUCUUUCGUGAACCCUAAAAUGGAAAAAAUAUUUUCCUGAGAUCUGUCUUACUGAAGAAAUUCUCUGUAAUGGUUUGAGUAACACUUUGUCAGCUGAAGACUGGGCAUGGUUAUUUUAACCAAGAACCCACCAGAAAAACACGUCAGUGAAAAUUCAUACCAUGCCUGGAGGCUUUCAGCUCGUUCCAGUCUGUAGCAGAUGCCAGCCACGCUUCACUAAUAAUGAAGUCUCUUCAUGGCAUCUUUUGGUCUCUAGUCUCUCUUUUCCCAAUGUUCUUGAAGUUGAGAACAUCUGAAAAUGAAGAGGUGCCAAAACCUGUUCCUCUUUACUUGUACCUACAGCCAAUGGGUUUCUCUAUAAGAAAAAGCAAGCAUAUUUGUUCUUCUAGUGUUGUCAGUGCCCAUUUCUGCAAUUCUCACUUAGGCCCACCUCCUUCUGAAGGAUGAGUGGUGAACUCAGGGCCUGAGGACAUCUGGGAAGACUUCAGGUUGAGUGUCUUUGCAACCUCCAUUUGUACAUAUGCAGAAUUGUGUCUGUGUUGAGUUUUGAAGAAGCAAAUUAACUCCCCUCACACUUUAAAAAUAACCCUCGCAGGUAUUGGGAUUUAAUGCUGUGCCAUAAGGUCCACUGAGACAAAUAAACUUUGUAGGUGCACAUUCCAGCACUCAUAUGUCUCAACCAAAGGCCAUGAAACUAAGGGCUCAACCAUGAAGGAAGAUCACAACAAUAGCAAGUGUCAAGAUCCAUACAGAAACCCAGAGGUUUUAUCUUAGUACUUGAGCAGAAAAGACGGGAAGCUGCAGUACAGAAGAAAGCAUUGAAAACCCCUUUUCUAAAGCUUUAACUGUCCUCAAACUCACCAGAUUCAGAGCAAAAUCUGCACUGGUCUUUCUGGAGUUUUACUCUAAAUGUGCAUCAGAAAUAUGGAAAAGUUUUCCUCAAACCAUUCUUUAAGUAUCAUAAAAUUGGCCUUUCAGUCACAGCAUUGGCAUAUUUUCCUGGAAUGCUAAUAACCAGUCCUUGUAAAGGUUGAUAUGCUUCCUAUAGCUCUAAAUGGUGUCCCGACUCCUUGAAGACAUGAUGGGCAUUGCAGACAUGACGGGCACAUCGCAGGAGAGCACACCAGGAGAGGGUGGCCCUCUCCCUCACCCCAUGAUAUUUUGCUGCAUAUUCUACCUCUUUGCAGUCUGUGGAUAUGUUGGUGGGUUAAAAAUAAUCUCAUCUGUGAUCCGUUCAUGACAGAAUCCUUUUAAAUAAAAAUGCACUGUUUUCAGAGGUUGGAGAAAUACAGAACCUCCCAAUUACUGCUUGCCAUGGAGACAUUAGAUAAAUACUGGGUCAAAAUUAAAUCAAAGCCCCAAAUUAGGAUUCUGUAAUAUAUAUGUAAUAAAUGCUAAGGAAUUAAGCAGUCAUCCCAGCUGGUGUUAGGCUGUAACUGAAGCAUGUAAAUUUGGAGCUUCAUUGCAAGUACUCCUCCAGCCCAUUAAGAAGAGACGUUCUAGAAGGUGAGUCAUCCCAAAUUCGGAUUAUUUUUGGAGGUGCCCUUCUGGAUCCACUGGAAUGGGCACUUAACAUCGACCUCCCAACAGGACGAAUGCAGCCUUGAGGGCUGUGCAGCCACUGUGGGAUAUCAUUGGCAGCAACUGCAGGCACUGAAUACUGCAGGACCAACAGCAGAAGUGCCUAAAGUCAAAGAGAAAAGCAAAUUGCCUUGAAAAAGGAUUCAUCCUGGUGACUUUUGUAAAAUCCUUGCUCGUGCUGUAUGGAGUACAAUGGGGUUCUGUGCACAGUUUGUGCAGCUGGUCAUCAUGUUUAAUUUGAAUGGUAAACAUGGAUUUCUAAAAUGCCAGUGCAGUUUGUACAGUUUAAUAAAAUGUUGUGUACAAUUGG